GGAGAAUUUGUUAAUGAGUAUGUUGGUGAACUGAUUGAUGAAGAGGAGUGUAUGGCAAGAAUCAAAUAUGCACAUGAGAAUGACAUCACUCACUUUUAUAUGCUCACCAUAGACAAGGACCGAAUAAUUGACGCUGGCCCUAAAGGGAAUUAUUCACGAUUCAUGAACCACAGCUGCCAGCCCAACUGUGAGACCCUGAAGUGGACAGUGAAUGGGGACACACGGGUUGGCCUGUUUGCUGUGUGUGACAUUCCUGCAGGGACAGAGCUGACUUUCAACUAUAACCUCGAUUGUCUGGGCAAUGAGAAGACAGUCUGUCGGUGUGGAGCCUCCAAUUGUAGUGGGUUUCUUGGAGACAGACCAAAGACCUCUACAUCCCUUUCUUCAGAGGAAAAGGGUAAAAAGGCCAAGAAGAAAACCAGAAGACGCAGAGCCAAGGGGGAAGGGAAGCGGCAGUCAGAGGAUGAGUGCUUCCGCUGUGGUGAUGGCGGACAGCUGGUGCUGUGUGACCGCAAGUUCUGCACCAAGGCCUACCAUCUGUCCUGCCUGGGCUUGGGCAAGCGGCCCUUUGGGAAGUGGGAAUGUCCUUGGCAUCACUGUGAUGUAUGUGGCAAACCUUCUACCUCAUUUUGCCACCUGUGCCCCAACUCAUUCUGUAAGGAACACCAAGAUGGGACUGCCUUCCGCUCCACCCAGGAUGGGCAAUCCUACUGCUGUGAGCAUGAUUUGAGGGCAGACUCUGCGAGAAGUACCAAGACUGAGAAACCCCUCCCAGAAUCCCUGAAGUCAAAGGGGAAGAGGAGGAGAAGGCGGUGUUGGAGAAGGGUCACCGAAGGCAAAUAGCGCUUGGUCAGAUCCAGGGGCGGCAUGGGGCAGCCAGCCCUUGCCAGCCUGUAAUGGGAAGGCAAGCACGGCCCUUGCCCCAAGGACCCGCUCACUGUGCUCUGACAUGUAUAGGCCUCCUUGGGUGGGAGGGAGGGAGCACUCCCACCACUGAGCCAUCCUCAGCAGCUGUGCUGCGUCUGC